UGUCCACGAGGUUGCUCGCACGGGCCUGGCGGCAUCCUCUCUCUCUCCCUCUCUGUCCCUGUCGCUUCGUGCCCCCUGUUCUGUCAUUCUCUGUCUUGCUCUUUCCCCCUCUCUCUCGCUCUAUACACCCUCCCCUCUUGCUCUUUCAUUCACCUGACUCUCAACACGAGCAGUGCGUUACACAGCCUGCACGGGGGUGAUGCCGAUCGCCAGUCGAGAUACUGGACGCGGAUACUGCAGCCGCGGUUGAGGUUAGGUCGCCGGACCUGUCGGUCGUAGUGGCGGGACGCGACGCGACGCGGCGGAUUUGAAUUUUCGAACGCGGCCUGCCGUGGCCGUGCCACUACUGCUACGCGCCUUGGGUGCCGCACGUUGAUUUACGCGCGUGUCACAAUCGUACGUACACGAGGACGAUCUUCCCCGUGGUGGACCGUCGUCUGCCUGCCGGCCGGUCUCGCGCGGGCUUGUGAUCGUCGUCGGCCACGACUGACAGCUGCUGCCUGCGCGCGCCUGCAGGUUAGGUGGAGCGACGUUAGACCGACGCGCGUUUUUCGAAACAGCGGGAACGUUUGAGAGGAUGGUGCGCCGCGAGUUUUUCUUCUCGUCGCAGUCGUCGUCGUCGUCAUCGUCGUCGCCGUCGUCGCCGUCGUCGUCGUCGUCAUCGUCGUCGCCGUCGUCGUCGUCGUCGUCGUCGCCGUCGCCGUCGUCGUCACCGCCGUUGUUGUUAAUGUUAUUGUUGAAGUUGUUGCAUUCGCGUCUGGUGGAUACGCGCAGCGACGGAGACAAGCAGCGGGCCCUGUGAGGUUCUGUGAAUGUUCUCGGACAGCCGCGUGCCGCGGCUAGCCGCGCACCAGUUUCUCAGUGCACACGAGGAAAACAUGGAUAAUUCUGCGUACGUUCCGAAUCAUCUACCACCGCCGUCUCUGGUCGUAUUCUCGCAGCCCGGAACGCUGCCCGAGGCCUUGAGAAUGCAAAGACCCUUCAAUCCACAAGUAACCGACUCGAAGGACCUGCAGGUGCCCUUCAGCACGGCGGCGUCGCUGGGCUACGGCUUGCAUCACAUGCUGCACCUGCCGCCGCAAUUCCUGCACCCGCUCGACCAUAGACUGCCCUUCGGCGGGUUCCGGCCUCUGGUGCCGUCCGCGUUCGCGCCCCCCAGCAAGUGCCUCAAGGUCGAGACCGGGAACGGCGCGGUGCCGGGGAACGGCGGCCUGCCCAGCAUCGGCUCGCUUACGAGCAUGUCGAACAUGUUCUCGCCCACGUCUCUACCCGGAGCUGGCGGGGGUGCGGUAGUGUCUGUUUCCGGCGCUGCGGCCGCCGCAGCCGCCGCCGCCGCCGCCGCCGCGGCCAGCCAAGACGGGGGCCCACAGAGCCCGGCUGGCUCCGCAAGCCGAUCGCCCACCGGUACUGGUGGCACCGGCUCGGGACCGAAUCGUGGCGCAACCCCCGACGAAGAGGACCGCGACGCCAACGCUACACCCGGGUCCGAGAAUACCGAGCGGUCCACCCCGGAGGAGGGACGACCCUACAGACUGGGGCCUGUGUUCGGGGGCCGAUGCGGCGCGGAGGCGCUCGGUCUGGGGCUGGGGCUGUCGCCGGGCCCGGCCUACAGGUUCGCUCUGCCCCCGGGACUCGCUGCCAAGACCACCCGCUGCCUUGUAUUCGACCAAGGCAAGAAAAAAUUUCCCUCAGACCCAUCUUGUUGUCCGGUAUGCGGCGUGACAGUGAGACCUCAAGAAUUGGAGCAACAUUUUGCCCAAGAGCUCGAUCGGCUCUAUAAGGUCUCUGCGUCCGCGAGGCCUCGACCUUCUAGGUCGACCUUGCCGCCCACGCAUCCCCAAGAUCAUCCCCAUGGAUCGAUGCUGCAUGCCCCAUCGGCGGCGGACGGCACCCCCCAAGGUAGAUGGGAGACAUACAAAAGGAUCAAGGCCAACAGACAGGCCAGAAUACGCGUUAAGAAUCGGAAGAGAAAAGCGGACGAGACGUCCUGUCCGGUUUGCAGCGAGAGGCUGUCGGGCACACCGGAAGAAUUGAAUCAGCACGUCGACCGUUGUCUGAACAAGCAGAACAACGGAAACCCGGCCGGGCAGAACGCGACCCUCGACGAAGAGGAGGUCGACGUCGAGGGCGACGCCGAGACCUUCGACGAAUACGAGUGGGCCGGCCAGAGAAGAGUACGUGCCACUUCUAUGCUCGUUGGUGGUUUCUCUGGAACAGUACAAGAAGCCAGUCACUUCGGUCUGCUGCUGGCACGUACACUGCGAACAAUGCUGGUUGCACACUCUGUCUGGACGUCGGACGACAUCUCCGGCCGCAAAAGCUGUCAAGAAACGACGUUUCUUGUCGGUGUUGCAGGGUGCGAAGAAGCUCUGUCCGCAAUGCAACAUGAUUACGUCACCGUCCGAUCUGCGACGUAUCUACAUGUGAGCCGACUCGACAUCCCGCCGCAUAUCCGCGCCUACGCGGCCCUGCGUCGGGAACCGAGUGAUGGUCAGCCGUGGCAACGAGCGAUCAUCGACGAGCGACCCCCUCAUCGCCACCGCCCAAACCCCCACAGCCCUCCCGCGGUCGCCCGUGUAAAUACUUGUAUAUUUCUCUGCGUUUACGUAAAUUAACUCCCUAGACUUAACGUGUACGUUUAUGCAUCUUAGAGCUAGUAAAUUAACUUCCUUAGUCCACAAACACACAUACAUAAACAAACACACAACACACACAAAGAUCGCCACCCAAGCGUCGCCCCGGGAUCACCUCGCCGCAGUUUUGCGCGUCGACGACGAUCAUUGCCGCCGCAUUUCACCCGCGGCCUGGUCCUCCUCCCUGUGGAAACUGCGCGGAGUUUCUUUGCUUCGCGCGUAUUAUCAAAGCCGUGACUAUAAGUAAUUUCUUUUUCUUUUCUUUUUUAUAAUAACUCGUUCAAUUCGCGAUCACUAUUAGGUAGUCGAUCACUAUUAGUGUCGUUCUCUCGACUCCCUCCAGAGAUUUAAGCUCGAUCUACAGUGUGCUACUUGCUUCCCGUGCCUUUCCUUUUAUCUCUUUCUGACCAAGCCGGGAAAAGACAGAGAACAAGAAACAAGAAGCAAAGAGCACAUUGAUUGAGCUUUACCUGACAAGUAACUUUCGUUAGGUUUGCAUCCACAUGAUAAAUUUCGCACUUCGACGUUAAAUUGUUGGAUAUUGGAUUCGUCUCUGUGUGCCUUAACGAUAUUUUCGCGACGGCAGUUUCUGACCGAUCGUGCGAUUGCGGAUACACCUGAAUUGCUUGUGAAAUUAUGUUCGAACAUCAGCAUGUUGUAUGUUGUACUAUAAACAUCGCAUAUACGUCUACGUCAUGUGUGUUCACUGUCGACACUUGAGUACUUAACGAAGUAUCGCUUGUUGAAGAUGUGUCGAUACUGCGAAACGUAGGCGGUUUCGAUUCCCCCUUGACGAAAAUCGUCGUCGUCGUCAUCGUCGUCGCCGUCGCCGUCGUCGUUGUUGUCGAUCGCGCCGUACGCUCUUCUACAGUAUCCUCGUUUCACAAGCGAGAUUACAGAAUCUUAUAAGAUUACGCGAAAGGACGACGCGAGAGAGAAAGCCGAUCGCACUCGAUCGUGGUUCUUGUUUUACGUCUCGAAUUAUUUACGUCGCACUUUCACGAUUGCGUAACAAACCUCUGCCGUCGAACAUUGCGUUCCUCAACGAUCGGCUUUCGGCGCGUCGGCCGUAUAAUUACCGAGAAACUUUUAGAACAUCGCAAAAUCAGUCUCUCUCUCGCGAUGCACCUGCGAGCUACUGUAAAUACACUAAACGGAUCAAGAAGAGAAGUAAGUUCCCCGAUCGCUGUUCUGUAAUCGAAAUAAAAACGAUCAUGGAAUGUA